UUAAGGAGGCUCCUAGUCACGUGAGAAACUGAGCCUCGCUGAGACCGACCGACGGAGAGGCGCAAGAUGGAGGCGACACUAGCGGACCUCGAGCGAGUUCAAACUCGAAUUCUCCGACGGAUAGCAGAACUCGAGCUCUCUCACCUUCCUCAGAACCACCUAUCUGAAUCCCUCCCCGUCGCCUCAUCCCACACAAACUGCGGGCAAGACAACAGCGGCACUGUUGCUCGUCUCUCUGCCAUGCUCCGAUCUAACGGAGUUAAUGACUUCUUGUUCAAGAGAGUCCCUUCUGAUUACUACGAUUGGACUCUCGAGUCCCGCCGCGAGAUUCUCGGUGCCGCCUCAGUGGAUCAUCUCUGCAAAAGCAUCGUUUUGGUUAACACUCAAGCCCCAUCUAAUGUUGUUGAUUGCAGUGAUCGCAAUUAUUCAAAGUAUUAUAUCGUCGUUGUACAGUACACUGCUCGGUUCAAUGCUGAAACUGUUAAAAACUUUCUGUAUUCGCUCAAUAAUGGCCAACUAUCAAAGAAAAAAUUCAACAUGAGGCUUGCUCCUGAGGAGACAUCAGUGAAGUUGACUGGAUAUGGACACAAUGCAGUGACAUGUAUUGGCAUGCAAACAGAUAUUCCGGUGAUUUUGGAUGAAGCAAUCGUUAAACUGACUCCUGAUUUCUUUUGGUUGGGUGGUGGUGAGGUUGAUCUGAAGCUAGGAGUGAGGACUUCAGAAUUUAUCAAUUUUGUGAAGCCUUUCAUUUUCAGCUGUAGUGGUGCUUAGGUUUCUCAUAUAUAAUCAUUUUUGGACUGCAUUAAGACAUUAUUUAAAGAAGCUGACAGAAGAACUUGAGAAAAUCCCAUGGUCAUCAACUCCUCAAGAGGACUCGGACGCUGCUUGAUAUUCAACUGGUGGAAUCAUUGUUUGGCCAUGGUCCGAAUUUUCCAUAUUGCCAGUAAAAGGUGAUUGAUAGCUAGUCUGCCAAUUUGGAUGGCCAUGGCGGGGAAAUAUAUGAAGGGAUCUUUUACAUCGUAUACUUUGAGCUUCCACUUCUCAAAUUCUUAUCAUGAACUACUAUGGAAGUAGAUUGGUAUUUUAUUAUUUAAUGAAGAAUUUAUUGCAGAUUAUGUUUGGCUCUUA